GAAGAGGAGAAAGAAUCAGUGGAAGUUCAAACGAAAUGUGUGACUUCACGCGCACAUGCAUAACGUCCGCGCCAUUUAUAGCCGCAAGUUGAAGUUGCGUAGAGACUUGCGUUGGGUGGCCAAACGGACUCGCAAGUUUCCUCGCCAGUCGCAAAAACGCAAGUCGCAAAAACAACCAUUUCAAGGCUACGUUCGGCCAAACCGUAACCAUCACGCAGACAAAUCCUGAAUUUCAUCGGCUAAUAGGUUGCUAUAACAACGAAUGGACGUCACUCAACUUGCGUUGACUUGGGUUGGGUAGCCAAACGAUGAAAAACUUGCAUCGACUUGCGCGCAACUUUGAUCUCGACCAAAGUGAGCGCAAGUCAUCACAAGUCAACGCAAGUGCACGCAAAGCCUGGCCAAACUGAGUCGCAAGUGGACCCAAGUUUUUAACUUAGUCUGCGUGACCACGGAUUUAGCCAAUAGGAUGGUUUUCUCAAUGGAGCAUGAAGUUUCGAAACUUUGUUUUGCAUAAUGUAUGUUGCUAUUGUUUUGAGUUUCCAUUUUUGAGGUCGCAUGUCAGACUUUCAAGCCAAAAUCUUACUCUUAAACGUAUUUGAUGCCCUUGAUCGUUAAGCUUAGCCCCGUUCCGUGAUCGUUUAAAAGGGCAAAACAAUAAACGCUCUGCUAUCGACCGCUUGCGAAAAGAAUUCAGAGAGAGAAGUUGAAUAUUCAGUGGCUUCUAAACAACUGUUUUGAGAGGAACAAAGUUUCAAAAAACUCCAAAAGUAUCUUUCGUUACGACGUGCUUCAUUGAUCUCAACGCAUCUUCAAAAAUAUGUAUCAGAAAUACGCAACGCUCGAACUUUUUUAUGUCGCGCGCGCGCGCACUGUCGAAAAAACGCGUCAACAAAGAUACCAUGACAACCGAAAACAAAUUUUCAAAACAAAUAAACGGUCCACCGCGCGAGUUAAUACAACCUCGUCUCUCCAGAUUUUGCUUUAUUCAAGGAUUACACAGCAGGAAAAGAUGUCGAAAAAUCUACUAGCGAGGGUUAAAGAGCUGCAAGAUGCAAUGGCCUCUUGUCAGAAAAGUACAGCGAACCUAAUUGAGGAAUACCAGCUGAGCGUUAUACAAACAGCCGCAGUGGUGGCGUCCGUUAAAAUCAAAGAAGAGAAAGCUCAGAUCGAGAAGAAAAAAGAACUUCUUCGGAAGCAGAUCGAGAAGGAGAAGGAAUCCAGUCGAAUAGCUGUUGACACCGUUUACCAGAGGGCCAAACAAUCUAUUGAAUCUUUGAUUCACGACAAAAACGACGAGCUACAAGGCGCCUUAGAUCGCAUGCGGCGACAACACAAAGCGGAGAUCGCGAGGGUGAGAAAACAGACACGAGAGAAAACCAUCCGGGAGUUUACUGCAGCAAGAAAAAGGAAAAUGGCCGCGCUCGAGCCUGAAGAAUCAAGGAGAAAGGAGAAGGUCAAUAAGGUAGAAGGGAGUGCCACGUGGAAAUGCGCCAACUGUGGAAAACUCAGCACUAUCAUGUUGAUGUGCAGCGGAUGCCAUGGAAUCACAUACUGCGAUGAGAUUUGUCAGGAGAGGGACUGGUGCAAGCAUGAGGACCACUGUACAAAGUCCGAGAAGGCCGACUAACUGUUUCUUUUUUUUUUUCCGGGGGGGGGGGUAAUUUUUUUGUUUGUUCGGGGUUGACUGAAAAUUGCUGAGCAUCAUCUAACAUUUCCUUGUAAAAUUCUUACUAAAUACUCAAUAAACAGGAUUGCUUCAUUCAUCCAGUCGUUUGUAAUGAUACUUUUCCAGCGUUACAACCAUUUCUUGCAAUUUUGUGCCUCGAGUUUCGACUUGUGCUGCCUCAAUUAUCAGCUUCUGUGAUGACUUUGAUAGAAGUCUCAAGUCGU